CCGAACCACGAAACAGUCUUCCCUUCUUCUCCCUCCGUUGUAUUCUCUUCCCUUUGUUUCGUCUCCUCUCUUCUGCCUCUUCUCGUCGACUACCAGAUCGGAGGGGAGAGGGGAGAGGGGAGAGGGGAGAGAUGGCGAUCCUCUACGCUCUGGUGGCGCGAGGAUCGGUCGUGUUGGCGGAGUUCAGCGCUGCGGCGGUGAACGCCGGCGCGGUGGCGCGGCAGAUCCUCGAGCGGAUCCCCGAUUCCCAGGACACCCAUGCGUCCUACUCACAGGACCGGUACGUCUUCCACGUCAAGCGCACAGACGGCCUCACCGUUCUCUGCGUCGCCGAUGAUACCGCCGGCAGAAGAAUUCCUUUUGCUUUUCUCGAGGAUAUUCAUGGAAGAUUUGUGAAGGCAUAUGGUCGUGCUUGUCAUACAGCACCUGCUUAUGCAAUGAAUGAUGAGUUCUCUAGGAUCUUGAGUCAACAAAUUGAUUACUAUUCAAAUGAUCCUAACGCAGAUAGAAUGAAUCGCAUCAAGGGUGAAAUGAGUCAGGUUCGCAAUGUUAUGAUAGAGAAUAUUGACAAAGUGCUGGGAAGAGGAGAGCGACUGGAGUUGCUAGUUGACAAAACUGCAAACAUGCAGGGGAAUACAAUUCGUUUCAGGAAACAAGCACGUCGAUUCAGGAACACAGCAUGGUGGAGAAAUAUUAAGCUAACGAUCGCGCUUAUUCUACUUAUCGUGAUUAUUAUAUACGUGGUGCUUGCAUUUUUCUGCCAUGGACUUACUUUGCCAGCUUGUAUCAGAUUCUCGGUCCAUGCCCAUGAAGCUUGGGUUUAGAAGAAACUAUUCCAGGUACACAAACAAUUCAUUGUGCUGUGUUUCUUAGAUCGAAUAUCGUUUACUUUAUCCAGUUGAAGAGCGUGGACAUGUGUAUUGAGUUCACUUCACUAGAAUAUGAACAUUGGAACUGAAUACAUUCUAGUACAUGAAAGGCAGACUGAGGGGGAGUAGAUAAUGGUCAUUUUUCAAA